CGCCGACGGGAGUUGGAGCAUCGUGGGACAGGUUGAGGGCGGACCGCUUCGGCGAACCCAUCGGUGAGCGGGCACGAUGCCGCGAAGUCAAUCUCGGGUGUUUGAGGAUGGGGUGGAGGACGAGAAUCGGAAGGCGCAGAAGAAGUGUUGCGUGUACAAGUACAUCCACGUGGGACAGAGUCUCGGCAAAAGAUUUUGUGGCAAUCGCAUGUUGAAGUGCGUUUUCUGCGGCCACGAGUUCGAGGGCAACCAGUUCCCGGUGGCACGCCAUUUUCGCCAGGGCAAGGGAUGUCCGGAAGUGACCGACGAGGCACUUGUCGACAUCCACUACAACAGUAAGUACAAGAUGUCCGACAAGUUCCUAGAGCGGAUCCAGCGAUUUGAGGAGCUUCACGGUGCGGAUACAGCUGAGGGGGGUUCGUCUGUGGGGAAGAGGAAGGAGACAGAGGAGGGGGCCCGACUGACGGCAGCACAGAAAAGGAUGAGACAAAACACGAUCACGGAGUCAUUCACUUCAAAGUGGCAGAUGGAGUUCGAGAAGAAGUGGCUGCGUUUUGUGUACAGUCAGCGUCUGGCAUUCAACGUCUUCCGGAGCGAGCCGUGGUUGGACGUCGUUCGGCACUUCAGGGAUUUGCCGGGGGCAGUGAAGGUGUUGUGGCCUUCAGAGAAUGAGAUCGCGGACAUAGAGACCAUUGUCCACACGGCGGACGAUGUGGGAGCUGAUCUCGCGGAGGUCAGGGCCCCUUUCUAUGUCACGGGGGCCACCAUUAUGUCAGACGAAAGGAAGUCACGCGAUGCUAGACCCAUCGUUAACUUCCUUGCCAGCGGGUCGUGUGGGGUGAUGCUCGUCCGGACGAUGAACAGGGAGGGUGAGGGGGAUCGGGCGCCUGAUGUGUUGGCGCACUGGAUCAAGGUGUUCGACGAAUUCUCCCCUAAGUGGGUGAACGCCAUCUGCACCGACUCCGCCUCGGCGUACGUGGCCGCGGCGAACAUGCUCCAGGGGCACCAGCAGAGGCCAGAGCAUCGACGGAUCACGUGGCUCCCAUGCGCAGUGCAUGUCUGCAACAAGAUGUUGUCAGACAUUGGCUGUUCGGGCCCAUGGUCCAAGGACAUCAUCGUGAGGGGGAGAGCGGUGGUGCGCUUCAUUAAGGAGCACGGCGCCGCUCUCCAUAUCUUCCGGGGGGAGAGAGGUCAGAUGGGCCUCAUCUAUCCUUGCGAGACAUGUUUUGCAUCCGUGUUUGCGAUGGUGGAGCGUUUGCUGGCAGUGAGGUCAGCUUUGGAGAGGACGGUGGAUGGCGAUACUUGGGGUAUUGUUCCUUGGGACCAUUCCGUUCGUCAUAUGCCUAGGUGGGUCAGGUGGCAGGCUCGAUGCGCUCACAUGUUGGAGUCGGCGCACGCCACUGCUCACCUUCUCUGUCCCAGCCGGCGGGACUUGCGGUACUUCGAGGGCGUGGUCAGCGACUACGACAUGAAGAAGCGUAACCGGCUUGAGUUCGAGAAGGUCGCGAAGUUGGUUGAGAUCUCAGCCAACGUGCGCCUUCUCUCUCAUCAGCGGGCAGGCCGCGGGUUCGCUCUGCCGUGGACUCUAGAUGAGUCGUUGUUGGACGCGGAGGGAGGUAUUGGGAUUCGCCCCUCGUGGAAGGGGACGGACGAGAGCAGGACGCGGGAGGAGGUCAAGGAUCAGAGACGUUCAUGGCAGCGAGACCCAUGUGGGUCCAGAGCUCCUCCGGGUGAUGUGGGCGAUGUUUUUGGGACUCGAGCCGCCACAUUGCACCCGUACGCUCGAGACGAUUCCGAGGGUCACGAGGACGAGGAGGAGCCGGCGGGCCAAGCUACCGCCACUCCUGCGGCGGAUGAGCGUGAUGAGUGGAGCGACCCAGAGGACGUCCAUAGACGGAGCGGCGGAGAUGACCUUUUCGUUCGAGUUGAUUUGGAGGAGGAGUCUUGGGGCCGUCAUGGGAGCCCUUUAGAGCGUCUGAGGCCUACGUCCGCUGAGCGCGAGAGAGAUCUUGGGUCUGCACCUUCGAGGGGGGCAGAGUCGGGGAUUGGCCAUCGUCCUGUGGGUCGCUCUGGCACGACAUCAUCCACCGCUCUUCCCACUUCGACGGAGCAGCUCCAUCGACAGGCAGCCGGUGCAGAUCGAUUGCAAAGAUUGGUGAGGGGCCUGAGACAGCGAUUGGAGGACAAAUUAGAGGGCGGUCCUAUGCCCGUGCAGGGUGACGACGGAGACACACAGGGGUUGGUUGGUGGAGAUGGUGGUGCGUUGGCCGUAGGUGGAGGCGGUGCCAAGUUUGAUGCAGCGGUUAAGGGGAUACCAAUGGGCGGCGGAGGCGGUUUCAGUGAGUUUGGUGACAUGGGUAUGCCCCCGGGAGAGAGCGUGGGUCUGGCCCGAGGAGAGAGCGAGUCUAGUGGGGACAUCAGUGUGGGUAUGCAGGACUUACUGGGACAGAUCAGCUUCGCGGAUCCGAGUAGUUUCUCCCCUGCCAUGCGCGUAGAGGUGAUGUUGGGGGCAGAGGGGGAUGAGGACCGAACACCCCCUGGAGAGACAUCUGCAGAGAGGCUGGAUAGGCUUGAUAGUCGUUGAGCUUGUCUCAUGGCACAGAGGGACCCCAGGACGUAG